GCAACUGUAUAGCAGAUAUGGAAUUUUAUGACCUGUGAUGCCUAACUGCCAGUAGUUCUGGCCGCAAUGACAUAUUGAGUCUGUUUCAUUUACUUCCUUGUCGUUUCCACACUUGUGCAUCGACUUUUGCACAGUUGAUGACUCCUGUGCAAAAGUCGUAUCACAAGUGUGGAAAUUGCUUACAGGAAGAAGAAAGUUUGCCAUAUAUAACCUCCCAAUUUAGUACUUUGCCUGUAUUUAAAAUGUUUUGUAGAGAAUGUUUCGAAAUGUUACAUUGCCAAGGUUCGGUGAAAAGGUGCAUACUUUUCGAAUAAACACGACGACGUAAAUUUUCAGGCUUAAAUCUUAUGUUUUCAGGGCCUGUAUUAAAAGGGCCACUUCUGCCGUUGCCACCACAGAAGUUCGUAUGGGUGCCUUGUUGAUAAUUCCUACUGGUAGGACAUUGGGAAAACAAAGGUUGUUGGGUCCCAGUAGAGAAACAUGCCACCAUGAUGUGGAAUGAAAUGCUCAUCCACAUGGAGGCAUGGUGAUGGAAGUGGAUGCAGAAUCACACAGAUAUUAUGAAGUAGCCAUCAAUGAAGCAUGCAAGAAGCAGGGUAAGGUAGAAUGUGACGUUGCUGACUGUAGGAUGGACACCAUGCCUGGCUGUUCGUAUGAUUCACUGAGAGAUUUUAACUCUCGAAUAUCACACUCACAUAGUAAGAAGGUGAUUAAACAUGCUUUGCGGCAACAAGCCAAACGCCGCCGGAAGAAUACAACUAUUGCAUCUGGGAAUUCAGCUCCUUUGCCUCGGAUUGUUGUAAAACCAUUGUCAUCACGACAUGAAGACAAAGAAUUUAGAAAUACAUCAAAUAGUGUGAGUCCAAAACUGGCCACAAUGCGGGAAGUACUGGCAUCAAUACCAGGGUUUAGUAUCAAGCCAAGGAAGCGUUCUACCAAAAAGUUAUCAGCUGCUGCUCAGUUGGAACAAACCAAAGAAGGCUGUAUUGAUCUGGAAACUCCAGACUCUAUCCUUGUUAAUACAAAUCUUCGAGCCCUACUCAACAAACAUACCUUUUCAAGUUUACCAUCUCUUUAUCAAUACAAGCUUGUGCAACUACUUCCAGAUGUGGACAGAGCAGGAGUUGCAGGCCAACCUGAUGCCUCACUGAGAUUAAGUACUUCUGGACUGAACAACGAAUUCUUUGCCAGAGCUUGUUUAGAGUGGCGAGAGCGACUGGCGGAAGGAGAAUUUACACCAGAAAACCAGCAGAAACUGAAGGCUGAAGCUGAAAAGGAAAUGAGUCGUUUAGAUCCAUGGAAGCUCAAACACUUCGAGCCAAUUUGGGGUGAGAAGCAUGAGCCAACCUCAGACAGCACCCCAUUGCUCUUAUCAAGUCCUGUACGACCACCAUUGAAAACGACCAUCAAAUUGAGGCCUUCAACAUCAGCGAGUGCAAGGCAUAGCAAGAUCGUUCCACGGAGACCAAGGACUGUUGGGGCUGUGACUAGAGCUAUCACCAACUACUGGGUUCAAGAAGAGGCAGAUAGCACAGCUGAUGAUCCACCUGGUCCUGUUGAGAAGAGGCCAGCAGAACAGUAUGAUAGUGUUGGAGGAGAAAAGGAGGUACACAAGAAAUUGAGGCCUCUUUCCAGCUCUGCAGAUGAUAAGUGUGUUGAUAUUGGGAUUACACACGCAAUAAAUGCUGAGGAGUGUGUCUCAGGAAAUAGUGUUGGAACUGAAACAGCUGCGGAGAAUGAACCAGAUCACAGUGUGAGGGAUGAAGCAGUGGCCCACAAAAUAAAUGUUACUGUAUUCGAAUCAGUUCAAGAAGAAGCAACAGCUGCUGAGUCAAGUAUAAAGUUUGAAUCUGAGAAUGAUGUUGCAGCUGGAACUGUGACGCAUGAAAUAAGUAGUGCAGAGUGUAAAUCGGAGGAAGGUGUUACUCACGAAUCGACGGAAUGUGAGAUGAAUGUCGCGGAUUACACAGUGAAGGUAGAAGACUGUGACACUGAGAAACAAACAGAAGAUGAGCACGCCAUGUCAGAAGUUGACAUUGUUGUGAAAUGUGAAUCCAGAAAGGAAUCAGGUGAAAGUGAAAAUCAAGAAAGUACUGAGAAAAGUGAUGAUUUGAAAGUUGACUCUCAGACUGCAUCAGACCUCAGACUAGCUGUUGACAAUGCGGACAUGUUACAGAAGUAUGAAACCGAGGCAGUAGCAGUAGAAGUUGAUGGUGUAAGAUCAAAUGUUAGGAAUUCAGUGGAUCAAGACUUUGACUUGGUGCAAGAAAUGACAGUUAGUGAUGCUGAUCACAUGACGUAUGAGCCAAAUAUGGUGCCUGAACAUGAUGUAAUUCAUGAGAGUGCUAUUUUGGAUUCAACUGACUAUAUUUUUAAAGAUGCAAAUGUAGUUCAGGACAACAGUAAUUCCAAAGAUCGUGAUACAAAGACUGCAGUUGAUGUGUCUGGUGAAAUGGGGUCUGUGUCAGAGCUCGAGGAUUCAAAAGUGGAUGAAGAUGAGGAUGCUGAAGAAGUUCAGGCAGCUUUGAUUGCAGCAGUAGCUCGAAGUGAAGCCUGCUGUUGGGAUGUGGUGGACUCUACUGAAAAACUGUUGGCAGAAGUUCCGCUUGUUGCAUUGGAGGCUGUGCCUGUUCCUGUCAGAGUCCCGGUGACACUGGCAGUAGUUGAGGAGGGGGAGGCACUUGAAGAAGUGGAGGUGAUUCCGAUGCAGGAAGAACUUGAAGUUAGACUUGAGGAAGGUACAUUUCCUGUGGCUCCAGAAGAUGCGUUAUCUAUGGAUUGGCCGUAUCCCAUGAAGAUGGACUCUGGUAUCGUGGCACCUGCUUUGGACGAUGUAGAAGGUGGCACAUCAUCUUCAGGGAAGUUGACACAAGCUCAGUACCCAGAGUUCUCAACAAGUCAGGCUGUUAAACUAGAACUAGAAGUGACACUUACACCUGAGGCUGUAACUAGUGCAGACAGUUUGGUAACGAGCACUAUGGGUGGCUCACAUCACAGUGCAUCUGCUACAUCUGCACCUCCAACUGUCUCCAAGAUGAAUGUUGCCACUGUCAUACCCCCCACCACAAUAGUUUGUUUGCCAUCUGCAGUUUCAACACCAAGUUUCAUCAACCACACGCAGUUGAGUAGUUGCUUGAAUGCUCCGUCAAGCAGCAGUGUCGUGAGUUCGAGCCUAACCAAGACAGCUGCUGUAGCCAGUUCUAGUGCUGUGCCCUACUUGGCCCUCAGCAGUAACACUCCCGUGCGGGCCCUCCCCACUCAGCUGCCAAAGAGCCAAGCCAAAGCUAAGCCAAGGGACCCAUCCCAGGUGAGUUCUGGUGGUUCUGGCGGAAGUAGCCGUGGCUCACGCGGUUCAUCCAACAAACCACCGCCUGGAGCAGUGAACCUUGAGCGGAGCUAUCAGAUUUGUCAAGCUGUGAUUCAGAACAGCCCCAACAGGGACCAGCUACGUUGCCAGCUGAAGCUACCCCCAUCCUUGCUGGCUGCUAAUGCCAGUUCUUCCAGUGGUAAUAAUAAGAAGUCUGAGAAUUGUGCCCCGCCUCGGGCUGCCACUCAGUAUGGGGUUGUAACAUCAUCAAGGAAUGGAAGUGGACCUGCUAAUAACUCUGUUAGUGGCAAGCCAUUCACUCCACCUCUACCUGCACCUGGUGGCUAUCCUGUGGUACCUGGCAGCAAUGGUAUUAGUGUGGCAAAGCCAGUGACAUCAGUAGGUGGCCAGGGAAAAGUGACUAGCACACGUGGUGGAACUUAUAUUCAAAGACAGCAGUCACCGCCAGUUGUUGUGCGUCAUGUGUUUACUUCUAUGGCUGUUUUACCCCAGUCACAAGCCCCUCCAGAGGUAGCUGAGAGCGCUGGAACACAACUUGGCCAUGUGGGCCAGUACAUUCUGGUGCAACGCACAGGAGUGGGUGACCAACCAGAAACAGUGCAGGUGAUGCUGAACAGUGGUCAAAAGGGGGCACCUCCACCCCCACGGGCCUCAAGUGCACCUCCAUCCAACAACCAGGUGAGCAUAGGAGGGCGUCUGGGGUUGGGACGUGGCCGUCCAGCUAGCGUGGAUGUUGAACGUUCACAGCUGGCGACAGCAGCUUCACAGCAACAGCAUGGGGUAGGGUAUGUCACAAACAGGUAUGGAGAUCAUUUUGUAGUGCAUUGUCCUAAUCCAGGUACUCAGGCCAUCACGCGGAAAGGUAGGCUAGGGGACAGUGGUAGUGGCAUGCAGUAUGGUGAUGUGGGGUCUGACUCUCCUCUUCAGAGUUAUACUGUUGGUGACAUUGCCAUCAUGGAACAGUCGGCUACUAACUCAUACCCACAACAACCUGCGGUGUUACAGGGUGGAGGGAGAGUUGCCGCAAGGCAGGCUCACAAUAAUCACAUCUCAGUGCCACGAACGGAUUCUUCCCAUUGUGCUUGCAAUCUGAAAGCCAUGAUAAUAUGCAAAAAGUGUGGAGCUUUCUGUCAUGAUGACUGUAUCGGACCUUCUCGUCUGUGUGUGACUUGCCUUAUCAGGUGAAUUAUAUUAUUCAUGUGUGUUAGUAUAGCUAAGUUGUGACUGCGUAACUUUAACAUGACUGAAUUUGUGUAAAGUACUUAUUUUGUGUAGGAAUUAGGCAACGUGUCAUAUAAUAUGUAGAUAUUCUGUCAUCUUGUAAUAUAUAUAUAUAUAUAUAUACUGUGGAAUAUGCAAUAUUGAACACUGUAUAUGUGUCUUCCAUUUCUCUUCCUCACUCAGUACUGUGCAUUUUGUUAAGAAGUUGUUGUGUUUCUGUAUUAUAUUUCCUAUUUACCAAUUCAUCAGAAUUAUCUUAUCUAGAUGUGAAUAUGGAAUGGGUGCUGUUCUCUUCAGGUUUUAGAGCAAUAUGUGAACAUUUAAGUUCCUGUAGUUUUUUUGAAAGCCAGUUUUGAAAGGUCGUGAUUGUGUUGAAUUUGUUGUCCAAUGUAUAGAAAAUUAACUACCUCAGACUGAUAUACCUAUAGUGUAGAAUCAAUCAUGAACACCAUCUUUUAUUCAACAAGGAAUUGAAGUAGAGGUGCAGUGCCCCCUUCCCUCAUUCUCAUUGUUUUUCAUUAUUCUGUCGGCAGUAAAAAUGAAGUCCCAUAAUUGAACACUCAAGAAAAUAAGCUAGAAGACAGCCAUCUUCAUACUCGCCAUAGUGAAAACCUAUAAAAUCUUACUUAGAAAAUAACCUUUGUUCAUAUUUUUGCUCUUACAUUUAAAUGUUUUGGUUACUUAAAAUAUUUUUACUAUUAUAAGAUGAUGUUCUUUGGUAAGUUCUCUCUUAAGUUUUAGAAGGAUAGCAAAAGUUGAGUGUGCAUUCCCUUUGCAAGAAGGAAAUGUUUCAUUCUCCAAAUGAUUUUGAACUGAAAUUUUGGUUUCCAGCAAGAAAAGUGUUGGAAUUUAUGUUUGUUCCACUGCACCUCUGGAAUUUAGUUUUUGUCAAUUGUUUGUAAUGGAAUGAAGUGUUAUGUGUUAGAUAGAAUUGUAUAUUUCUGAGGAGCUCUGUGUUACUGUUAUAUAAUGCUGAAAGCUUUUUUCCUUGAAUCUCAGUUUUUACUUUGUUCCAAACAUGUGUUACUUGUAUAUAUAUAUUGUUACAUGUCUUCUGGUAGUAUUUAUAAAUAUUGUAGAGAUAACAUGUGUAUUAUGACAAAGCAUGUGUAAUAGUAUACACAGUUUUCCUCAGUAUUUUAUUUAAAGCUUGAAACUGUCUUGAUUUUUUAUACCAGUGAUAACUGCAUUGGUGUAACAAUAUUGAUUUGCAAUUCUUUGUACUGGUAAUGUUUAAUAUAUGAAAAUUAAAAUAUUAUAUUAAUAUUAUUUACUGCUGUAAUUCAAAGAAAUGCAAUGAUGCAACUGAACAAUACAACAGAAUAAUAUGAGCAAAUCAACAUGUGGUUAUCUUCUUUCUGCCAUAAGGGUAAAGUCAUCAAUUUGAAGGAUACUUUAAGGAGAGCCUUACAUGGACAAGUGAAUGGUUGGAACAAAAACUCAGUGCUCUUUAUUCAGUUUUGAAUUGAUAUUUUUUGUUCUAAUGAGACCUAUGUUAUGAAGAUAUUCAUUAUAAAAAAAUUUGUAGGAA